AUGGCUAGUAAAUCGGUUUUGGAUUUCUUUGGGAAAGUCAUCAAAGCGCCGCAAAACGCUCAAUCAAAACUAUGUAUGCAAUUAGUGAAAUUUUUACAUCUAUUUGGCAACGAAUCGUUGAAUGAACUACAACAGAAAGAAGUGUACUAUGUGUUAACAAGAUUGGUACGCGGGUUAGGAUCUUCAAAGACACGAGUCCGUUCUGUAUACUUUUCCCUUUUGGUAGUGAUUGUUAGGCAAUUAACAGACAAACCUUGGUUUGAUUUAGACAGCUUCAAGAAUAUUGUUGAUAAGGAAUUGACUAAAUUUGACUCAAAAGCUGAAGAAGGCGAUAUUUUAUCUGGUAAAGUAUUAUGUUAUACUGCUAUGAUUCGUAGUGGAGUGUUUAGUGCUGGAUCAAUAGAUACCCAAAAAGCUAUUGUUGCUGAACUUUGUAAUAAUAUGAAAACAAGAUCUUAUUUACCUUUGUUGACUUUCAAGGUCUUUACUGAAGGAAUUGAUUCAUCAAACAAUGUUUUAUUUACGGAAGUCAUUUGGCCUUAUUUAAAAGAAUACAUUGGAAUUCCUAUCACAAAAGAUUCAUUAUAUUGUAUAAUACAAGUACAUAUUCGUUACCCACAAUUAAUUAAUAGUGAAUUUAUUCCGAGAGUUAUGGAAAAUAGUACUGAACUUUUAUGUAAUGAAUCAAUGAAUGAUAUUGCUAAAAUAUUAGUUUUUCAUGCUUCUUCUUAUGAUUACCUUGAACAUCCAGUCUAUGAAACUUUUGCUAUUGCUUUAACAUCUUCAAGCAAUAGUGAUGCACUCAUUUCAACAUUUUGGUCCAUCGUUAAACAACACUUUUAUGUUGGUAGACACAAUCGCUUGCAUCUAAUGGGAGCAAUGAAAACGUUUGCAUGCUUAGUGAAAAAUAUUUCUUUCGAUAGUAUCCACUUGUUGCUAUCUAAGUGGUUUGUGGAUGCGAUUCUGUCAUCAUUUUCUCGUCCUAAUUCUGAAAAACUAGUGUAUUAUGCUCGUUUAAGUAUAUCAUCUGUAAUAGAUCGAAUAAACUCAUCAGCUACAGCCAGUAUUGCAUAUAAAGUGUUAUUGAAAUUUAUUUUACCACCUGGAGAUAUGAUGGUAGAAAAAAUAACAGGUAUAAAGAUUAUCCAGAAUUGUUUGAUUAAAAUGGAUGAAGAUCAUAUUAAGCUUUUGGCUAAACAAUGUCAUCAAGUCAUAUUAAUGAAAAAAAAGAAAAACAAUGAAAAGAUGCAUUUUUGGAAAAUUCAAGAUCGUGGCUAUGCAGCUCAACUUCUUGCUAGACUUUUAGGUCUUCAAGUUAACGCUAAUAUUAUGUGGAAAAUAGAACAAAUGAAGUUCAUGUUGGAAAAUGCUUUUUUUAUAAAUGCUAGUGAAAAAUAUUAUAUAAGUCAUGAGUUAUCAGCUAUUAUAAAAGAUUCAUUUUUGAAAGCACUGAGUCAUAAACAACCAAAUAUGGAAACAUUUAGAAUAACUUUAUCAACUCUUGUCCAUCAUACAGAUGAAUUAUUAAAUGGCAAUCGUCAACUUCGAUUUAAAUCAUCAAAAGAUGAUAUGAGUUGUUGGGAAAAAAUGAUAAAAACCACUAAGGAAAUUGAAGAGAAAUUAAAAAAAUGUAAAGCUAAAUCUAAAGAACAAUCUAUUCUUUUUGUUUUUCAUACAUUAUUCUUGCAACUUGGGCUUUAUAUCUUUGUUGAACCAUCAGUGGCUAUUGAUGCUCUAGAAGAAUUACAAAAUUGUUAUGAACAUCAUAAAAAUGAUAAUCAAGAAAAUGAAAAUAAUGAAGAACUUAAAUGGAUUGAAGUCGUUGUAGAAAUAAUGUUGUCAUUGUUAGCUAGAGAAUCUUAUUUAUUGAGACAGUUAAUAUCUCGUAUAUUUUCACAUUUAUGUCUUGAAUUGACACCUCAAGCAUCUCAUCAAAUUUUACAAGUUUUAAAUCCUGAGUAUGAUACUGCAUCAAAUUCAUUUGAUGAUAGUGAUGAAGAUUCAGAAUCAGAAAAUAAUAAUGAAGAUGAAGAAGAAAAUAGUGAUGCUGAAUCAAAAGUUAAUGGCAAUGGAAUUAGUGGUCAUGGUUUGGAUAAUGAAGAUGAUGAAGAAACUGAUGGUUCAGAAAUUGAUGAACAAUCUAGUGAUGAAGAUCAAGAUAAUACUGAACAAUUAAAAUUGGCUUUACAUAAAGCCAUGAUGUCUGCUAAUCAACAUUCAGAUGAUGAGUCUGUUGAUAUUGAUGAUAUGACUGAGGAAGAAGGGAAAGUAAUGGACGAUUUAUUAUCUGAAGCAUUUAAAAACUAUAAAAAGAAUUCAAACAAGAAUUCUAAACAUAUUAAAGAAAAGAUUAAUUUCAGAUUAAGGGUUAUGGAUUUAGUGGAUAUAUAUUUGGAUAAUAAACCAUCUCUUUGUCUUGUUAUGGAUACUAUUCCUACUUUGUUUUCAUUAUUGGAAUAUUGCAUCAAGGAUAUUCAACAGCAACCCUUAGAGACUAGAGUUCGAUCGGCUUUAAAAAAAAUCAGUCAAAUGAAAAAAGUUUACGAUACAAAAACUGUUGAUGAUGAAUUAAUUGCAACAGUUUUAAAAGUUUUAAUGAAUAAAGGUGUGCGAACAACACCUGUGUUUUUGGAUAUAAGUACCCAUAUUACACAAUGUUGUACAUUCCUUGUAAAAGUAUAUGUUAAUAUAAUUUCUUUCAUGCAAUUAAAGAAAGAAAAAUCAUCUAAAGUGAUCAACAUUAUAGAAGAAUCACUUAAAGAUUUUUUCACCAAACGAGACUGUUUGUUACCUGUAUCUUUAUUUGAGUCUUUACUGUCAAAAGUAUCAUGGAAACAAAACAUGCAUGUAAUUGAGAAUAUUUUGCCGUAUGCCUUUAAUGAUUCUGUAAGAUGGUUUAGACGAUCACAAGCUGUAUGUAUGUUAGUAUCAUUUUAUCAGAAUACAAGACUCUUGGAACAAUUAAAGGAUGAUAAUACACUUGACAAAAUUGAAAAGAGUUUGUCAGAUUAUGUUAUACAAUUCUUUUCUUCAUUAGACAACAGCCAACCAGAUGUAUCUGGACGACAACGCUACAUAAAUGAGUUAUUAAAUAUUCUAUGCAUAAUUUGUUAUAAUAAAUUCUCUCGUCAUAAUUGUGAUUGGGUUCGGCUCAUAGAGAUUUUAGAAGCCUCUACUAGCAGAUUCAAUCAAGCCGGUCGUAAAAAUUGGAAUAAACUGCGACAUGCUGUUCAGAAAAUUAACACUGUCAAAACAAAUAAUGAAGAAAACAACUUGGAUGAUAGAGACAGUCCGAAGACUCCUAUUGGUAAAACACCUGUUAAAAGAAAAUCAUUAGUUAUAUCAAACAAAAAAAUUAAAAAAAUUAAAAAUGUCUAGUGAUUUUGUAAAUUAAUAUUUUGCUACUCGUUAUUGAAUUAAUUAAUAAACAAAUCUGCUUCUUGAUACUUUUACGAAAUAAUUUUGAAUGAAAAAUUGUUGUGACCAUUAAAAUUAUUGUGGCUAUCAACAUAAGUGUGAUGACAACUCUUAACGAUUUCCCAUUAAUUAUUUACCUGUAUGAUUCUGAUUGUUUUUUUAGAAAUUCUCAUAUUAUUAACAUCAUCAUUGUACAAUAUUGUUCAAGUUAAAUUAAUAUCCUACUAUGGUUAAAGGUCAGUUACUAAUUGAAGAAAUUGUAACUAUUCCAAAUGUUACAAAAUCAUACAAAAUUAAUCUAACUAAACUUUUUGAAUAAUAUACAAAUUGUUAUUUUUUUUUUACCACAUAUGUUUGUAAAUUAUAUUUUAAUACAAUAUAGUGAUGUAACUAUAAAAUAGUUAACCUAUUAGAUUUUGGGUAUAGUCAAUUUUCACAUUAAAAUGAAUAAUG